AUGAGAAGGCUCCCGGAGGCAGGAGAGUCACCUUGGAGUUGUCUGGAGGAGAGGAGUCUGAAGGCAGAACCAGGAGCUGGAGAAUGUGGCAACGGGGCCAGGUGCCAGGCACCCCCCCCCCCAGACAGGAGCGAGGCUCCCAGGGCAGUCCUAAUCUGGAAGAACGGUUUAAACUGGGGACCUCUGCGAGGCAUCAAUCCUGCGUGCCACUCCUCACCACCACACCCCGGACCGCGUACUGAACAGACAAUGGCUUUGGAGGCUAAGAGGGGACCUCAGCGAGUACUCUUUGGUGAAUGGCUUCUGGGGGAGGUCAGCAGCGGGCACUACGAGGGACUGCGCUGGCUGGACGACACCCGCUUCCGGGUGCCCUGGAAACACCUGUCCCGGAAGAACAUCAGCGAGGAUGAUGCAAGCAUCUUCAAGGCCUGGGCCAUUGCGCGAGGUCGGUGGCGGCCUGACCCUGAGGGUGGUAGCUCCCAGCCCCCAGAGGCCUCAGAGCGAACCCACUGGAAGACCAACUUCCGAUGUGCCCUGAAGAGCACCCAGCUGUUCACGCUGGUGGAGGACAGGUCCUGGGAUGAGCACGACCCACACAAGGUGUUCACACUCAGCCGGCCCCGGCCCAGGGCAGCAGGAGUCGACAGGACUGCUGGGGAGGAGCAGCCCGCAGACCUCGGUUCCUUAGGAGCCAAGGGGGACGGCCCAAUGACAAAGGUUCGAGGGAGAAGAGAUGCUGACAGCGUGGGGGAGGAUCCAGGAGGCCAGAGGAAGGGUGCCCAACUCCUUGUGGGCAGUGUCCUGGUCCCUGACCUCUCCCCUGCCCCGUGUCCUCAUCCCCCACCCCCUCACCUGGCAUCGCGCCACCUCACCGCUGACAAUGUCUCCUUCCAGCUGCAGGCCGGGCUCCAGGUCCUCUCCCUGGGUGGACAGGCUACCGAUGUUUCUGGUCCUGACCUUCUCCAACUGGCCCUGGAGCAGAGUGAGCUGGAGGGCCUGGCAGAGGCCACUGAAUAUUUCCAGGACAUCAAUUCAGAGCUCUGGAGAGAGCCCGAGGGCCCGUAUUCCCGGUGGACAGAGACCCUCCCCAGUGAACCCUGGGAGGCCCAGCCAGGGCCCGUGUCAUCUCUCAGAGGCCCUAGCAAAGAGCCCGCUCCCUGUCUCCAUGAAGCUGGCCACCCUCAGGACGGAGCCUUCUGUCCAGCCCCCCAGCUCCCCCUGAGCAGUUCCCUCCCUACUGGCUUAGAUGUGACAAUCCUCUACAAGGGUCAGACGGUGAGGCAGGUGGCUGUGGUCCAGACCCCCUGCCUCUUCGUGGCCAGCAGCCCUGGCCUGGUGUCGGGGGUCUCCCAGGACCACCAGCUUGUGGCUUUCCCCAGCCCAGCAGCCCUGGAGCUGGCAGACCAGAAGCAAGUGCACUAUACCGAGCAGCUGAUGCAGCACAUAGGGCCGGGGCUGCAGCUGCAGCUUUGGGACCAGAGCCUCUGGGCCAAGAGAAUGGGCAAGUGCAAAGUGUACUGGGAGCUGAGCAGCCUCCUGGCAUCCUCGGGGACUCCACCCCCACCCCGACUGCUUCCCAGGAACGAGGCCAGGCCCAUCUUUGACUUCUCCGUCUUCCGCCAGGAACUGGCCGAGUACAGGGAUCAGAGGAGACGCACCUCUCCUGACUACACUAUCUACUUGGGCUUUGGCCAGACUCUCUCUAGGAGGCCCAUGGAGAAGAACCUCAUCUUGGUGAAGGUAGUGCCCCGAAUCUGCCAGCUCUGCCAUGAAGCCGUCCAACGGCAGGAAGGCAUCUCCUCCCUGGACAGCGGCGGCCUCAGCCUGCAGGUCUCCAACAGCCUCAGCCUCUAUGAAGUGCUGGAAAACUUCCUCAUGGAGACAGAAUACCCUGCCUAGACCUGGGGCCCUCUGGAAAAAACCCCUUCCCCCUGGGGAAAAAAGCCACGUGGAGACAGUGUAUCCAGGCACCGUCUGACCUUCAGUGCCCCAAAACUGGGAGCUGUGGGUCAGUACUUGGGAUGGCCAGUCCGGCUCACCUCUCCUUCCUACUCAAGCACGCAUCUAGUCAUCUCACUUUUUAGCAAAGUCA